AUGAGGGUAUGUUGUACCGGCCAGAGGACUGGGUACGUGACCCUGGCUAUACUUGGGGUGCCGCCACCGGGCGAAGAAACCCUUCCUGGCGAUGUCAGGGGUCCGAGCGCGGUGAUUGAAGUAGAUACGCCGGAUGUCCGGUACCAUGGGCAAGCUGAGGUCACGGAACGGCUGUCUCUGCUCUCCGGGGAUGCGUGUCCUGAGCGUUGGUUGGCAGGCGUGACCGUACCUUUGGUGGAAGCGCGGCCCGAGCCUUUGGCGUCAACCCCGCGGGGGAGCCCAUUGGUGAAAGGCCCCCAAGAACCGCUGCUGGCGUCGUCGGCCGAACCUUUGGUGAAAUCCAUGUCGGGGCUUGUGAUGGAAGCUUACCCUGAUCCUUUGUUGGAGGGCCUGGGGGAACCGUUGAUGGACGUGUCGGAGCCGGUGAUUCAGCCUUGGAAGGAGACUUGGUCUGAGCCUUUGGUGUCAGCCUCCAGGGAACCUUUGGUGGAAGCCAGCUCGGAGCCGCUGACGGAGGCACCGCGGGGUCGGGUGAUGGAGGUAAUCCCGGAGUCUUUGGUGGGAGCUUGCCCUGCACCUUUUGCGGAAGCCUGGGCUGGGUCUGACUUCGUCGCUCGGGUGUUGGAUGAGUGCUUAGAGCUGGAGAAGAACCGCAAACCAACACUCUGUCCACGUCAAGAAUUGGAGGUUGUUAGAAUGGCUACGGCCGCUAUCCUGACAGCGGCGAGUGAACAAAAAAGUAAAAUGGACCUGUCCAUUUCUGAUUUCGAGGGGUGUUCAUUUCGAUGUCUAAAAUUGGCAUUGUUAAUUCGUGAAUGGCGGAAAGAAAGGAAGCAUGGUGGCUUUACAGAAUUGAUUGCAAGACUGGAGGAGUUGGUAUCUAGACCGGCUGGUUUGUCUGAUACCUGGUUUCUGGCUGGCGUGAUACAAAUGUUCUCUUUAGCCACGUAUUUGUACCGCUGGCUACCCCUUAAGGUAUCGCCGCGAAGUGGCUGGGGUUGCCGGAAAAUGGUAUUUCGGGUCUCCCUCCCAGAUGGAAUUGUACGUUUGCCGGAAGAUGAAGGUUCCGUAAAACGCGUUUGCGCCUGCUCAAAGCUAAUCUGGUGGUUCCAUCAAGCUAUUGGAAAUAUUCGCAGUGAUGAAGAGACUUGGCUCUUAUUGAGUUGGCCACCGCCGCUAUUCAGAAUUUAUCGGGACCUGGGCAAGAGGACAUUUGAUGAUGCCAUAGGGGCAAUGAGGCAUAUAAUUCGGCCUCCACUACACUUGUCCAAUUUCAAGCUUAUGGCUUGCUUACUCAAGUACGUUGAGACCACUUCGCCGAUGAUUAUUGGGAGCCGUCUUCCAAAGGCCGCCGACAAGCUUAAAGCCACUUGUAGUCCUCAGUUAUCCUCGUCCCGUCAAUUAUCCUCGGCGGGUGAUCCUCUGCCCUCCUCAUUCAGUUCCAGUCGAACGCCAGCUUGUUCGGCAGCGUCCCUGGUUAAUGUCGAUCACUCGGCUGGCCCCACGGGGGUUGAUCCCGACAGUUCGGUUGCCGCGGAGAUGACGUCUUUUAUGGCUGGCGUGCUUAGGGAAUGUGCGGAGAGGGAGAGCAAUGAGAAAGCGGUUCUGACGGUAGAGAUGAAGCUGGAUAUUGCGAGGUUUGCUUCGCAGAAAUUUCAGGGUGCGCUGUUGAUAGAGAAGUUGGGUGAAAGGCAACGUCGGAAUAGGGACCGUUUCGAAGCGUGUGGGUGGCGAUGGUUGUGUCUGGCGGGACUGAUGAAUGACCACUUGAAGCCAGAGUUGCUUCGCCAAAUGAUUGCUGCUAGUGAGAAGAUUGUGCCGCGACCGAAACAUGUGUCACCAUUAUGGUACUUGGCUUGUCAGAUGCAGACCGGUCUGCGAGCACACAACUUUGUUACCGGUUUCAGGAGGUGGCUGAAAGUACCUCCUGCAUGGUGGCAAUUCAGCUGUGUAGUUCACCGUGAUCACUUCCCCCAUGAGUUUGGCGAGCUACCGAUGUCUGAGACGUCUGCUCGCUUAAUUACCUUCAGUUCUAGAGCUGCACAUUGGCUUGCAACCGGAAUCGGCAAAUCCCGUCUGACACCAUCCAAAACUUGGAAACCUGGCAAAAGUGCUGACAUAGUGAACAUCUUUCACAAGGUUUUGGGAGACCAACGGUUUAGCCAGAUGAUCGACUUAGUCAAACCUAAAUUUCAUGCCAUUAUUCAAGCCCCUGAACUUACCGACAAAUCCAUUAUGGAUAUCCUCUUCAAAUGCGCGAAAGUAAAUCGCCGAACACUUUACAGAUUUUGUAAAGCUUGGCAAGCUUCAGAGAGGUCUCAUCCGGUCAUGGAUGGGGGCACGGAUGGGAACUCGUCUGAAGACGACCCGCCACCGAAAAAGGCGUGCCGAGGGUAG